AUGAUCAGCACUCUGCGGCAGCAGCCGCUCUCUGACCGUCCUCAGCAUCACCACGCUCCAGCAGAACCCCUGGUACUAGGCGCCAUGAAGGACCAGCACCUGCUGUCGUCGGUGAACUGCUGGUACCUGGUCCUGAACCAGACACGACGUGAGAGCCGCGACCACGCCACCCUCAACGACAUCUACACCAACAACGUCAUCGUCCGCCUGGCCCAGAUCAGCGAGGACGUCAUCCGGCUCUUCAAGAAGAGUAAAGACAUAGGCAUCCAGAUGCAUGAGGAGCUGGUGAAGGUGACAAACGAACUGUACACGGUGAUGAAGACCUACCACAUGUACCACACGGAGAGCAUCAGCGCCGAGAGCAAGCUGAAGGACGCCGAGAAGCAGGAGGAGAAGCAGUUCAGUAAGUCCGGCGACCUCAACGUCAACCUGCUGCGCCACGACGACCGGCCGCCACGACGCAGCACCGCCAGGAAGAUCGAGAAGAUGAAGGAGAAGAGACAAGCCAAGUACUCUGAGAACAAGCUGAAAUGCACCAAGGCUCGGAAUGACUAUCUGCUGAACCUGGCGGCGACCAACGCCGUGGUGGCGAAAUACUACAUCCACGACGUCUCGGAUAUGAUAGACUGCUGCGACCUGGGCUACCACUCCAGCCUGGCCCGGACCUUCAGGACAUACCUGUCGGCCGAGUACACGCUGGAGACGUCCCGCCACGAGGGCUUGGACGUCCUGGAGAACGCCGUGGACAACCUGGACUCCCGCAGCGACAAGCACAAGAUCAUGGACAUGCACAACCAGGUCUUCUGCCCGCCCAUGCGCUUCGAGUACCUGCCCCACAUGGGGGACGAGGUGUGCCAGGUCAGUGCUCAGCAACCCGUCCAAACAGAGCUCCUGAUGCGCUACCACCAGCUGCAAUCCCGUCUGGCCACGCUCAAGAUCGAGAACGAGGAGGUAAACACUUUUACACCCGCCCCCUCGACGUCCACUAACACCCCCACCACCACCACC